AUGCAAUUGACCAAGGUCUUUUUUGCCGUCGCCCUUGUGGUCGCUUCCGCCUACGCCGCCGAACCAGCGGCUGCUGACGCCUUCGAGGCUGAAGCCAUUGCUGUUCGAGACGAGAAUGUUGAUGCUGUUGAGCCUGAAACUGAAGAACAACGCCGCUGCCUAAGAGUUUGCUGGCCAUAUAUCCAACUUGUCCACGCGAAAUCGCUAAUACUUAUCACACCCAACAGCAUCCUCAGAGAUUCCGUCAAUGCUGGACUUGCUGCCGUCGCUAGGGCGAAGCCGAAACCGCUCAGCGAAGAGAAGGAGUCCGUGCACAGCGCCUUGUUAGCAAAUGGAAGCCUCUUUUCGGCUGAGAUUGACAGACCCGUCUGGAAACUGAUGACACGAGUUGCAUGUGUUGGAGCCGAGCAGUCUCUCUUUGGCAACAGGUUUGAAGUUGCAGUGGUUAUUCGGUCGUUUAUCAUCCUGUUGUCUAUGCUCAGUAUUGAGAUCACGUUUAGGAAUUUGAACACGCCAGCCUUGGACUUACAAGGUCAAUUUGACAAAAGCUCCCGUCCAUAUCGAAAUUCAAACCUCAUCCCCAACAACUUCGCCCUCGCCAUGUCUCCCUAUGCAUUAUUUCCUUUGGUUCUUCAUACACAUGGUAUGGCGCACCCUAGCGUGGCUCGAUCCCCCGAUUACCAGCCUGAGCCCAAGAAGAGGAAGGUCCGUAAAGGCACCCAAAGCUGCUGGGAAUGUAAGCGCCGCAAGGUUCGGUGUACAUUUGUAGCACCUUUGGAUGCUAUUUGCGAAGGCUGCAGACGCCGUGGGACCACGUGUGUUAGCCAGGAGCUCCCGGAAGAGCCCUCAGGCACUCGACGGCUUGAAGACAGACUGGGUCGGGUUGAAGCGAUGCUCGAGCAGUUGGCGAAAGAGACCAACCUUCAUACCCAGCCCUCGAGUGCUUCAUCGACUACUUUGAAAAAAAGGGUCCCAAGUUGCACGACUUAUACAGCCAGUUCAUCGCAGCAUGGGCCAUGCCAGAGCGAUCUUAGUGCUAUCCUGGACAUUCCCGCCAGUAUUACAUGGCUAUUUGAAAACCCCACUACGCCAUUUUCUAAUACCCGCGACUCAGACGCUCUGUCUCCACGAGACAUAUUACAACUACCCCCACCAGGAUCUCACCCAGUCCUAAUUGCGCGGAAGCUGUUACUGCUAGGCAUGUUCCUCCAGGGAAUUCGGCCAUUUUCUCAUUGUACCAGAGGCCUGAGUCUCAGCUAUCGCGAUUCCAUCAUGUCUCGCGUUGCUCUUCCAGAAAGUGAGAAUAACGGGUAUCUUCUCAUGACGCGGGUACCGGAGGUUCCAAUGGACUCUGUCCUUUAUGGGAUGACUUCGCAAGAACGUGAUCAAGUCGUGCAGGAUCUUGGCCAGUACGUCUCCCAAUACCAGAACAUUCCGAAUAACCAUAAACACUUUAUUUGUGAUACUCUCGGAGGCCCAACUGUGGGCCAUUUGCACGGGUACAGCGACGCCAUGUGGCCCCCUUGA